GUGUGUGUGUGUGUGUGUGUGUGUGUGUGUGUGGAGUGGGAGGAGGACUAAAACCCACCAUCCUUUUAAAACAAGUUGUCCUGUCUGAACUUCAUUAGAGCUCAUUUCACCUCAUGAACAGCAAGGACAAUAAACUGAAAACAACAAUUAAAGAUCUGUGUAUCAGACCAAAAGAUGGAGUUCUGGCCUGAGAAUCAGGGGCAGUCACCUUUGUACUCCAAAUUUGGUACAGUUCCUGGGAGAAACUGUACACAUAACUACCAUGACAAACAUCAGGCUACCCAUUAUCCACUGUAUUAUGGUGAGCAGCAGAAUCAAAGCAGGGAGUCCAGUUACUGGACUGUACCAGGAUCAAGAACAGCAGGAGCUCCACAGGAGUACUCUAACUGGACAAACCAAGAGCUGACCGGCCCUGCCUCCUCUCACUUCCCUUUUGUUCUAGACCAUCACCGUCACCAUCACCAGGACCUGGGAGAAUAUCAGCCGUAUGAAGCCAGAGACAGAGAGUGGACAGCAGCUCAACGGGUGGCGAGGGAAUAUGAGAGAGGAUUUCUAAGGGAGGGAUGGCAAAGGAGGUGGGAGCCCUGCAGUCCCGUCCGCUACAGCAGGGAAGUUUGUACCAAAAGGAACGACAGCAGCUAUCGAGAGCUGGAGGCUUGGGCAGCUCGAUACAGCCAUUCACUUCCAAGGAGGAGACGUAUAGAGGCAGAGUUGAGAGGUGCCUCUCAGGGGCUGUUGGAGAACAGCAGGGCUCCAGAGAGGGACAGCAGGGCUGGGACAGAUCCUCGGGUGGCAGCGCUGCAACGAGUUAUACAAUCUGCAAACAUCAGAGAAUCGGGAAUGUGGGAUAGAGGGGGCAGACAGCAAGCUUCGACCUAUUAUCCACCACAAACUCCUUCCAGUGAUGCAAGCCACGUGUUGGAUGUGAAAGAAAAGACUGGCUACCAAAGAAGGAUGUUCAGCCAACCUCCUGGCUAUAUUGCUCCUCCUCCCUAUAACACCCCACAUAAAAGUUCACCUGUAUUACACCAGAGUGACACCAGUUGGGAGCUUGAUGGUAAGAGACAAAUAUGCUGGUCACAGCCCAGACUCAGAGAGCAGGAUGUCUCUGUAGAGCUGCAGGAUUACAGAAAAGGAGAGAGAGAGGAUUUUACAAAACCUGAUGCGAAUCAAUAUAUACCAGAGUUUGAAGGACUAAAGCACCAAAGGCAGGAAACAGAUGCAAACAGUCCUGUUAGUAUACAAAAACCACACAUACAACAUGAGGGUAUGUUAUCUCUGCAAAAGCCACAAAUGCCACAAGCAGUUCAGAAUAAAAUGAUAAAUGAGGAACCAACCUCAAAAGUCAUUGAGGGGAGGAAGUUCAGAUUAAACAAGAAGACAGGAGGGAUGACCAUAUUCUGCUUGGUGUCUCGAAAUGCAGGCACCACAGAAACUCCAUCUUUGCCACUUUGUACCUCGCAAGCAAACAUUCAAGACAAAGAAUACAAAGAGGACAGUGGUGACCUUAAUCAAGCACACAAACUUGCAGAUGAGGUGGACUUCAAAGCACCAGCACUCACACAGCAGCCAAAUGCAUCUGAUGCAGGAAAUCUCAAAGGCCAACAGAAGGAGACACCACCCUGUGUAGAAAGUGAGAUGCUUAAGGUUAAUUUAUCAGACAAAGCAGAUACAAAUGUUUCUCCACAAAAAACAAGUACAAAUGAUGCUGAUUCUACAUUUGGCAAAGAAGUUGCUCAUUCAGUGCAGACUGCGUCAGUCAAAUAUCCUUUGUGGAGGGAGCCUAGUUUCACAAGCAAGGCUGAAACCGAGAGUUCAUCCACAUAUUUGAAAGCUAACAGUGAAGAAGGAGAAUCAGAUGUUCUGCACGACGAAGAUGUCUCUCCUCAAGUUCAUCCAACUGACAUUGAAGUAAGGACACUGGACACCAAGAAAGAUACAGAAUCUGAAGACAGUAAGGGUCUACUGGUUAUUGACACAACCUGUGUUGUCGUUAAAAUGGAGCUGAUUCCAUCACCCAGAAAAGAACAUGUCCACUAUUUAGACUCCACACCACACACUGAAAACAGUCCACUUAAUGCUGAAUCGCCCGUCUCUCCUGAAUGCAUCCAAUCAAACGGUCAGCUGAGUCAGGAUGUGACGACUGACCAAAAUGCAGAAACAGACCCCUUGCAAAUUAAUGAAAAGCCAGAGACUGAAUUAGAGUCAGAUCUAAUAGAGGACAAGGCACCUGGGGGAGAAAGUGAAAUCCCUUUCCCCUGCAUGUCCCCACCUUCAGUUUCUGAAAGGGAAACCUUGGAGGAGCGUGCUGAAAGAAUCCUAGGAAUCCCUCUACAUGACCGUAUCACUGAGCAGCAACCUGAAGAUGCAAUGUCACUUCUUGACUCACAUGUGGAAUACCAGGAUGCUGAACUUUUUCCAGUUACAGAGAAAGACACUGAUGAUGGAGCUAAAGAAAUCUCAGAGGACACGACAGAGGAGGAACAGUUACAGAUUCAGGCAGAGGUUGACCAAACUGAGGAUGUUGUGCUUUUGCAAGAGACUCUUGAUGCCAAAGAUCAGGUGACAAAUGAAAAUGGAGAGGAUUUUCCAGGAUCUCAGGACCAGGUGUCCACUACUGAGACUGACUCACAACUCGACACAGACUUCGAAGCUUUGCCCGAAACUGAAAUGACUGGGGAUCUUAAUCUUAAAUCUAAUAGUGAAGAUGGUACAACUGAAUGGAGUCAGAAAGAAAAUCCCCUUGUUGAAAAUAAUGUCUCUAAAUAUCCAACCUCAAUAUCCAAUCUCUCUAACUCUUUUUUGCUUUCACCCUCUCUAGACCGUGAAGCAUCCAACCCUGCUCUUACUCUCAUGUUCUCCUCCUCUGAUCUUGCAUCUCCCUUGAAUAUCUCUGAAUUAAACACAGCGGAAGGCCCCGAUUCUGAGUUAAACACCCUAAAUUACACAGAAAACCUUCCCCUUGGAUCAGCUGACUUUUCCCCAAGCCCUUCUCAUCUUGAUUUAACUGAUCAAACUGCAGAAACAGGGCCCAAUAUUGAGGACCAAGAUGAAGAGGGUGAAACAUCACAGCUAAUAAACAAUGAGAUCAGUGACUCCCUUGAGUCCCCUGACAGAGAUAUGACAGGGCAGUUUGAUAGCAAAUUACAAGACAAUGCCGCUUGCAUGACCAAGAGUGAAGAGACCAAUAAGGAUACCACAGAUCAUAUUAUGGAACAGACACUUAAAAUGUCCCAAGAAAAUGCCACAGAGGUCAACACUGUGCAGCAACAACUUGAAUGCGUCCAAGCGGAGGAUGUUGUUUGUAUAAAAGAAAGUUAUAUGACUGAAGAGCAGCAACCAGAAGAAGCAAAGGAGGAUCCUACAGAUCAAAAGCAGACACCUGAAAUAUCCAAAGAACAUGCCUUAGAGGUUAACAGUAUGCAGCAACAUUUUGAAAGUUAUGUGACUAAAGAACAACUACCAAGAGAAGCCAGUGAGAAUCCUACAGGUAUUUUUGAACAGACACAAUCCCAAGAAAACAUGACAGAAAGUCAAAGUCAAACAGAGGUCAACAUUUUGCUGCAACAGUUUGAUAAUGGCCAAGAUGAGGAUGCCUCCUGCAUAAAAGAAGCAUGCAUGACUGAAGAGCAAUCACAAAAAGAAGCCAAUGAGGACCCUUCGGGUCUUUUGGAACAGGCAACAUCCACAGAAAAUGCUACAGGAUCUCUCUCUCUGACAGAGAUUUUGCAAGACACUGAACCACUAACUAAACCCUCUAUCUCUUUGCCUCCCUCACCUUCAGACUCAGACUUUGAGGCGCCACAAUCCCAUUUGAGUAUACUCACACUUUUUGAGCUUCCUUCUCCACCACAUGAAUCCCACACACCAGACAAAGAGUUUGUUUCUCUUUUGGAGACGGACUCAGUCUGUCCCUCAGCUCCAGAUCCUGUUGCUGAUGCUGCACCUGCUGCUGCCACUUCAGAAACUGUGCCCACUCCUCUUCAUCUGGACUCUUGUGAGGAAUCCAUUAAGUUCUCAUCGUCAUCUUCCUCUGAAUCACCUGCAGUCUUGCUUCCUAGCUCUUCAACUCCUUUGCCGCAAAAAGGAAGUGGUAGGGUUUCCCCGGACUUAUCCCUCAAAGAAGAACCUCUUUAUCCAAAGUCUCUGUGGGAUGCUGUAAAUCGGAUUAGGAAACACACGGCGCCUGACUCUGAGAAUGAGGAGGAGGAAGUGAGUGAGCUGUGGGAUCCAGUGAGUGCAGGGGAGGACUUGGGUUGCCCAGAUGUAGUAGAGGAUUUUGAGGAGAUAGUCUAUGAUGAAGCAGGGCAACAGGAGGUUUCAACAGAAGGGAGUGGUAAUGUUAUAGAGGUGGGAAAAAUCCAGCAGGAUCCACAUCACGAAAAGCCAAGUGGACAUGCUGAAGAAGACACGCUGUCCUGCAGCAGCACCAGCAGCCACGGCUCUGAGGACACUGUUAUUGUAGCUGAUGAGGACAGCGUCGAGGAAAUGCCACCCGAUGCCGGGACAGAAAGUAAGACAGCGUAUGAAGAGGGAGAGCAAUGCUGCUCUGGUGAACUAAAAGAUGAGACUGUAGCUGAGGAAGAUGAUGGUGAUGAAUGUGUCCCAAAUGAGUCCAUUCAGAGUGAGGAAUGUCCACUUAAGGUAGUGAAUACAAGAAAUGAAGCAGUGGAAAUAACAGAGACAAAGCAAACAGAAGACAGAGAAGAGGAGGUUUUCAUGCCCCCAGAGGUUGUGGUCUCAGACGAAGGGGGGACUGAAAGCGAGUCAGUAUAAAAUAACUGAAUAAACAGUUUAAUUAAACAUCUAUCAUUAUCAUCAUCCUUUCCUCAAUAACAUUUGGUUAAAUGUAAUUUUAGAGCAUUUAUUAUGGAUGGAUAAGUAGCAAUGCAUUUACUGUUGUCAUAGAAAUGUAGGAAUUUGACUUAGGUGAAAUCUAAAAUAGCCAAACCAGCUCUGUUUACUGGACCAAUCUAUUCUUGUACAGCAGCUCAUCAUGCAUUUUCUCCAGAUUUUAUUUUCUAUUGGCCUGCUGUUUCUAGAGAGUAGUGUUUAAGGUAAUAUAUAGCUCUUAAAUUAUUAAUGCGGAUAUACAAGGUUUGAUUACUUGAAGAACAGGCAAAAAUCAAGUAACUCUUCUGUAUUAUAAGUAAAUAAAAAGGAGUGCAUUAAAAAAAAUGCUGUGGAAAGUUCAUACUGUAUCCUUUAUUGACAUCUAGUCUUGUGGUGAGUGUGUUUUGUUAGCUGCUGUUUCCAAGGUCAAGAAUGCACUAUAAAUGUCAACAUUUAUGCCAACAUGUUCAAUAAGAUUCAAUUAAAAUGCUCAGAAAAAUAAAAACUGAAAGAUCCAGAACAGCUACUUCCUACCUAGAUUUCAGUAUCUUCACUUCUGUCUGCAGUCCCCUAUUGUAAAUAUAUAUAUAAUAACAGAUCAGCUACUGAAAGUGUUCUAUCAGUGAAAUCUGUCCAAAAAAACAAAACAAAA